AUGGUGGACAGCGGCAGCUACAUUGCUAAGCUGGCUGCUACUGGCUAUAUUGGCCUCAAAGGGCUAGACUGGCGACUACAGGGCUGUGAACAGUGGCGACUACGGGCAGAACAACCACGUUCCAACACCCACAACAACGGCACCAUGAUUAUCUACAACCUAUUGAGUGCACACUGGAUCAUGUGUACGCCACAGUCCAUCACAGUGUCCAAAAUAUAUUACACAGCAGACCGGGUAUUACUCUGCACCUUCAGGCAUCGUCUUGAGGGCGAAGCUGUCAUCAUCAACGGCAGAAGUAACCUGCAACGUCAACCUAAAACUAAGAAGCUCACCAUUUCCUUCGACGACUCGCUGACAACGACGUUCGAAUACCCAAGCGAGAUCUCACUGCUGGAGGAGGCGGGACUGUUACCUGUGGACCCUACCCUCACCUCUCCAGACUCCGCCAACACUACUCCAGGUGGCUUGGCAAGCUACACCCCCAGCAAGAUUCAGAUUGGUAGCACCUUCGAACUGGGAGUGUCUCGAACAGCCCCACCUGUCCAAACCCCACCUCCCGCCCCUCCUGCCCAAUCAGAGAGGGUCGAAGAGGAAUAUCUGCGACCUGCCGAUGAAACUGAAACCGUCACAUGGAGUGCUGAGAGUACGUCAGAUAUGCUCUUUUGAAGUGAAACCAUCCAGUUAGUGUCAUGCUCAAUUUUUGUCUCCAGUAGGUGUAAAAUAAUGACCAUCUAGCUCAGUCAAAGUCUUCAAAACUACAGUGCUUCCCUCUGUGAAUGGUGUUCCAAGAGUCUAUGCAGUCAAGACUGCCCAGUUCAUGCAUUUUGGAAAUUGAUGUUAGCAUGAUGGGUUGAACAAGGAAUUUGCAGUGAUAUGUAGUCUUGAUGUAUGGUUUACAAGUGGAUGGUUAUGCAUUUUUCCAUACUUUGUAAUAUAGUUAACAAUUUAUAAGGACUUUUAAAACAACACAGUAGACAAAUAAUGAAGUACUUUUUGUUUUCAACAUUUUUAGUUGUUAAAAAAAAAAUACACGGAUUAGCUGUACUCAUUUUGUGAUAUACAAACUAUGAAUAUAUUUUAUUUUAUUUCUUAAUUUCAACAAUCCUUCAUGAGACUGUUUAACUGCAGAAUAUUUCUUUUGUCCCAGGAUUGGUACUUUCUGUAUAUACAGGGAUGGCUUGAGGUAGAAUUCAGAGAAUGACUUAGUCCCUCCCAAUAAUGAAGUUAUUGAAGUACUGUACUUGGUAUUCAGCAUUGUUAAACACUGCUGGAUGUUACAGUCAUGUUGUGUGUGUGAUUACGAAUGUUACAAACACAUGAUUCAUCAAAACUCAAGUUAAUUAACAUACAUCAGUUUCUCAAAGCCUGACAACGAAAACUGUAUUCUAUAAAAAGCACCACUUGAUAGUGUAUGCUUUCUCAUCUCAGAAAUGUUAUAAAAUAUUCCUGUCUAGAUUGUAGGUAUUACUUGAAAUUUUCUUGUCUGUGUAGCCAGUUCAAUGACUUCUAUAAACUUGUUUCUGUGUUAUUUGUAACAUGCUUCAAUGUUGUUCCAUAUUAUUCCUGUAAUGAUGUCUAUGUCUACUUUUGUAGACUGCUGAUGUAGGUCAUUCCAGAAAAGGGGCCAUUUUUCUCCUUGUAAAUAAAUGCUUUACUAAAAAAAAAAUUUUUUUAUGAACAUAUUGCAUCAUGUAGGGCAUUAAGCACUCAUUUAGGCACUCAUUUUACAUAAGUCUUCAGGGGUUGACUCAGAUUCCUAUGUGACACUAGAGAAAGGUACCGGUAAAUGAUGGAUGGGUAACUAUUGUCAUGAAAUGAGUUUAGUUGGAUGGUUUAUUACAGUAUUGCAAGGUAGAACAUGUAUUGUAUUCCAUUGCUAGUCUCGGCUUAUUUUUGUUUUGGGGAUACCAAUGAUAACAGUAAUGGUUGAUUGAUAUGUGAUGUGUUCACCAUUAUUGAACAUGGGUCAGAUGACAGUCAGUAUUGAACCGUAAUUGCAUGGGUCAGAUGACAGCCAUUAUUCAACCCUGAUCAUGGGGAUUAGAAUAAACUGGUACAGUAUAUACUUAUAUACUACAAGGAAGUGUUUGUGAGGGGGAGGGAAGGGGUGAUGACUUGAAAGAAAUAACAGCCCCGUUGAUAGCUUGUAGGCAGUAAUUCCAAUUUGCUGUUAAAGUAGAGUAUCUUGAACCUGAUGAGCUCCUUUUACUAACUUGAGUUAAAAGCUACUAUAAUUCACAUUCAGUACUGUAAGGAAGUUGUUUUUGUUUGACAAUUAAUGAAAGAUUUGUGUAAAAUAUAUUCCAAACUAGAAUGACUAUGUACUGAACUAGUCACUGGUUUAGUGUACUGUGUUGAUAAUUCUUAAGAGGCAUGUGAUUUAGUCUCAUUUUCAUUCUUAUUCACUUAAUAUUAGUACUGUACCACAAUACUUAUUUUCCAUGAAAAGAUAAGAUUUGAGUUACAUUAAAUAAGAAACUUGUGUGUAACUUAUAGGGUUUAUUAAUAUAAUGUCUCAUAUGAUAUACUUCGGUAUUCUGUAAUGUAUAUACAGUAUAACAAUGCAAAUGUUCCUGCUGUAUGUAAUUAGUGAAGUGUGUUUAUAAUACCAUCAGUGUAGUUGCUACUUCAGAUACUGUUACGGUACUUUUGUAGCUAAAAAUGAACACUUACAAUGCCAUUUCCCAAAGAGUAGGGUGAUAACUUCCCAGGCAAAUUCUGGGUCCUUGACAUGACAAGAGUGAUCAUACCACAGUUAUAAUAUAUUACCAGUACCUGUAUUGACCAUCUGUAAGCUCAGUUUCAUCUCGCCAGGGGAAGAAAUUCGAAUGCAAGUCUUGUACCAUGGUGUCCCUAUUAAUUAUAUUGUAGUGUGUUAAAAUUACUUUGCAUGAAAGAAUCUAAUUUGACCUUUCAAAUAUGAAAAAGAAUAUAAUAUAGGACUGUAAUAUAUCAUGAUCAUCAAGUUUACCGAGGAACUGUCAUAUUAACAAAACAAUUAGUGAUCCCUGUUACUAACAAGUUUCUAAAAUUUUCUCUUGUCAGAGAAACUGUGAGGAAUUUAGAUUUAUGAGGUCAUUAGGUUAAUGACAUGGCUUAGUACAGUAUUAACAAGGCUUCUAAUUUACCUGGCUAAAUCAAUCCUGUAUGUUUAUUAUGGCAAUGAGGAGACAGUAAAUUCACAAUACUGUAUAUAUUGCUGUUAUUUACAAAAAUGUUAAACUUCUUAUGACAAGAUGCUACAAUCUGCCAACCACCUUUUAUUGUUCUUCUGCUUUGACCCAAGUGUUGGAUUACCUGCAGUCCAAAAGAAAUUUGGGUAUUAUGUUAAUGUCACAAAGCAGGGUACCAGGUGGUGAUAGUAUUCCUCACUUGCCUUUGCAUGUCACUUUUGUAAAUAAAUGUAAAACUAUUUAUUGGUAUACCAAUAAUAUACUUAUGUGUCUGAAGGAUAAACAUGGAAAGAAAGCUGAGUUCUUUGUAAAUCAGAUUGUACAUUUUAGUAAUUUAACAUUUGUGUAAAGAUGAGAUCAAAAACGAUGUCUUUCACAUUACAAUAACAAAAUAUUUGUCCUCAGGGUAAAUUUUUAUUUGCUACUGAAUAGUAAGGUACAUUCUCGUCGUAUUCCUUUGAAGCACUAGAGUGGCCCCUUCAAUUGACAAUUAAUAGUUAGAUGAAACCUGUUCCUACAAAAUGUCCUCUACAAUUAUUACUGAGCUACCUUUCAUAUAUUCAAGGCUACUUUAAGGCAAGCUGGGUUACUUGAGCUAUUCUGCUGACCCACUAAAAUAUGACUGUAAAAAUAGCUGUAAUUAAUGUGUGUAUACAACUUUGUACAGAUUUUGGUACAAUUUUGUACUUCAUUUAUGUAUGCUUAUGAUUCAAAUUAGCUGGUUUUGUUUACAAGUCAGUGACAGGAAGGAUUAUAUGUGUGUGGCUUAGCCUAACAAAGUCAUGUAUACUUGUCUUGUGCUGUGUUGAUGUACUGUAUAAUGUCAAUCAUGUGGGAAGACUACUUGUCUAAGACAAUGUCCCACAGGUUAUGGUGCAUUGUACAGUGUGAGUGUUAUUUCACUCUCAGUAAAGAGAACGUGGGAGUUCAUACUGUUACAUGCAAGAUGAAAGGAGUAAAAGAAUGAUGCAAGAAGAUGUAAAACUAAAGUUGAUUAGAAAUGUUAUGUUUAGCCUGAAAUAUUACUUGCAGAUGAGAUUGGAAUGAUCAAGAUGUUCAUUUUACAUGAUACAUGUUGAAGAUGUUGUGAGCUAGGUCUUUUAUUUUAUUUUACUACUAAUUUUUUAUUUAUUUUUUUCAUAAAUGUCAGUCUUACUUUGCUUUAUUCCCAGUACAGUUCCCGUUACUACUCAGUGUUGAGGAAGAAGCACUGUAUAAAAAAAGAAUGCUGUACUUCUGAGUGAGUUUAUCAAGUCAGUUUUUAUCAUCCAGUAUGAUUGUGCGCCAUAAAAUUUUAAUAUAUAUUACUCCCUUUGUAUGAUACAAGUGUUGAUUUGUAUGUUUAUAGUACUGUGAUUGUAUCAAUAAAUAGAUUGUCAAUA